GGGAAGAAGAAGAGCGGAGCAGCGGCGGCAUGGCGGCGCGACUCCUGCGCGAUGUGGCAUUCGCUGCGGCCCGGUCGGCGCGCGGCCACCGCGUCCCCGACCCCUCCGGCGCCUUUGCCGGUCCUGGAAGCCGAGGCACCGCCCCUGCCACUCUGGGCCUUCGUCAUUAUGCAGCACCAUCCAGUGAAGCAGUGGGGAACUUAGAGAUGAUCUUGGAAUUGGAUGCACCCAAACCAAAGCGUAAUCGAUCACGUAUCUCAAAGAAAAGCGGAACAGCCAUGAUGCUUCCACUCCAUUUCCAUUACGAAGAUGUACUACGUCAGGAUCUGUUGCUGAAACAGAACCAUGCCAAUAUCAUGCAAGUUCCUGGAUUGUAUGAAAUCAGAUUAGCACCAAAAGCAGGUUCUGAUUUGAGGGUUCCAAUUGGAAAAUUGGCAAUGGAGAUUUUGAGUGGCCAGAGAUUCAAAGAGGUACAAAGUGACCCUUUUGCUAAAGCAAGAAAGUCUGCUCGAACCAAUCCAUUCAUUGGUGCUGGCAAAGACAGUGGCAAUGCCUUUGCACGACAGAGUGUUCUCCGAGGGCAUGCAAUGUACAAUUUCUUGGUCAGAAUGUUGACAGUGAUGUCCAUGUUAGAUUCUCGGGCCGAAAUUCGGGAAAACACCAUAAAGUUCUUCAUGGAGACGGAGUUCUGUGAGUUCUCCCCGGAACUGGAAGAUCACUUUGAAAUCUUUGAGCAUAACCGAGGAUUCAACGUGACUAUCGUCACUUCGGCCGACACAAAAGAUGAGACCUCUCUACUGUGGAGUGGCUUCAUGCUAAAUGAUGAGGGGGAAACCAAGUAAGUUGACUGUUUGGCAGGGGCUGAAGGUGCUCACUUCUCUCAAAAUGGGUUUUGGUGGUUAUUUGCUCAGUACAAUGCAGCAUCCAUCAGUUUUGUAGACUGAAUGAAUGAAGCUUGCGUGAUUGUUAUGUGUAGCGAUGUAUGGAGCUCGUUUUUUUUUGAACGAACAACACUCGACGAGUGCGUUUCUAUUGAUAUAGCAGAAAAAAGUACAAG